UCCAGGAAGUGCACAGUCUUUGUUUUUGUCUGUCUGCAGUGUUCUCAAUUCUCCGCUAGAUCUGCGCUGUAACUGUGGGCCCAAAUGGCGACGUUUAUUUCUGUGCCGUUAAAGAAGUCCUCGGAGGUCGACUUGGUGAAACCGCUGUCUAAAUUUGUAGGGGCCACGUAUCCACCUGGUGAGGACCAGGCGGAGUAUCUUCGUGCCGUAGAGGAGGUCAACAAGCUCCGUAAAAGUGCUCUUGGAAGGCCGCUGGACAAACACGAGAGCUCGCUGGAAAUCCUGCUGCGAUAUUAUGAUCAGCUCUGCUCAAUCGAACCCAAAUUUCCUUUUACAGAGCUAUGCCUGACAUUCACAUGGAGAGAUGCGUUUGAUAAAGGAUCUCUGUUUGGUGGCUCAGUCAAGCUUGCCUUGGCAAGUAUUGGCUACGAGAAGACUUGCGUAUUGUUUAAUGUGGGUGCGCUGGCUAGUCAGAUUGCUGCUGAGCAGAAUCUGGACAAUGACGAAGGACUGAAGGCUGCUGCCAAGUUCUACCAGCUGGCGAGUGGUGUAUUCGCUCACAUAAAGGAUACAGUGCUUUCUGCACUCAAUCGAGAACCCACAAUGGACAUUUCCCCCGAGACGGUGGGCACACUCAGUCAGAUCAUGCUCAGCCAAGCACAGGAGGUCUUCGUUCUCAAAGCCACUGCUGAUAAAAUGAAGGACGCCAUCAUUGCUAAACUUGCGAAUCAGGCUGCAGAUUACUACGGCGAUGCUUUUAAGCAGUGUCAGUACAAAGAGAAUCUACCUAAGUAUUUUUAUUUCCAGGAAGUGCUUCCUGUCCUCGCCGCCAAGCACUGUAUGAUGCAGGCUACCGCCGAGCUCCACCAGUCAACCUUGGCCAAUCAGAAGAAAAAAUUUGGAGAGGAGAUCGCACGGCUGCAGCAUGCCACGGAGCUGGUUAAGACUGCGGCUUCCCGAUACGAUGAAUAUGUUAAUGUGAAGGAUCUGUCAGAUAAGAUCAACCGUGCGCUAACAGCUGCAAAGAAAGACAACGAUUUCAUAUACCACGACCGCGUGCCAGAGGUCAAAGACCUGGAGCACAUCGGCAAAGCAUCUCUCGUCAAAGCAACUGCAGUUCAGACACCUCUCAGCCAGAAGUUCACAGAUUUGUUCGAGAAGAUGGUGCCUAUGGCAGUGCAGCAGUCAGUCAGCACAGCCAAUUCCAGGAAGGCUGACACAGUGAACAGACUUAUUGGCAGCAUGAGAGAAGCAACAAAUCUCUGCAACGGGGUGUUGGCAUCCCUGAAUCUACCAGCUGCGCUAGAGGAUCUGUCAGGAGAAGCAGUCCCUCAGUCCAUCCUGGAGAAGAGUCGUGCUGUAGUUCAGCAGGGUGGAUUACAGAGCAUCGAGCAGCUUAUUAAAGAUCUGCCUGAGCUUCUGACGAGAAACCGUGAGAUCCUGGAUGAGUCCUUCAGGAUGUUAGAUGGUGAGGAAACAACAGACAAUGAACUCCGAGCCAAAUUUAACCAGCGCUGGAGUAGAACACCAUCUGGAGAUCUUUAUAAACCACUCAGAGCAGAGGGAACUAACUUUAGCAAUAUACUGGAUAAGGCGGUGCAGGCCGAUCAGGUGGUGAAAGAGCGUUACAAUGCACAUUGCGAAAUGAUCGCAUUGCUCUGCAAGUCAGAGAGUGAGCUCAGUGCUGCCAUACCAUCAGCCAACCCGGCCAAAACUCUGCAGGGCAGUGAGGUGGUGAACGUGCUAAGAGCUCAGCUGGCACAGCUGGAUGAGGUGAAGAGAGAAAGGGAAGUGAUGGAAGGAGAGAUUAAGUCAGUGACCUUUGACAUGACUACGAAGUUCCUGACCGCACUUGCUCAAGAUGGAGCCAUUAAUGAGGAAGUCCUGACGUCCGGUGAGCUGGAUACUCGCUACGGUUCUCACACACAACGCGUCCAGAAUAAUUUACGCAGACAGGAGGAGUUGCUGUCACAGACACAGGUGUCCCAUCAAGAGUUCUCAGCACUUAAACAGUCUAACUCUGAGGCUAAUAACAGAGAAGAUGUGUUGAAGAAGCUUGCCUCGGCCCACGAUAGCUACAUAGAGAUCAGCUCCAAUAUCAGAGAGGGCACCAAGUUCUACAAUGAUCUGACAGAAAUCUUGCUGAAGUUUCAAAAUAAAUGCAGCGACAUCGUUUUCGCCCGCAAAACCGAGAGAGAUGAACUGCUCAAGGAGCUGCAGCAAAGCAUUGCACGUGAGCCAAGCGCUCCAUCAUUCAACGUCCCGUCUUACCAGUCCAACACCCCUGCACCUGCCUCAAGCACCCCUAGCCCUGCACCUAGGACUGUGUUUAAUCCUCAGCAGCCUCAGGGUAAACCUCAGCCGCCAGCUAGGCCGCCACCCCCAAACAUCCCCACACAUGCGGCCAGCACGUCAGUUCCAGUAAACGCUCCAAUGGCCCCUUAUACUAAUCCCCCACCUGUCGCACCCACCGGACCCUCACAGGCUCAAGGACCACCCUAUCCCUCUUAUCAAGGCUGCCCGGGGUAUUACCAGAUGCCAGUGACCUAUAACCCCUACGCAUAUGGGCAGUUUAAUAUGCCCUACAUGCCCUAUCAAGCCCAGGGGCAGGCUGGAUACCCCGGAGGACCUCCUGCGCAGCAGCCCUACCCCUAUCCACAACAACCACCACAGCAACCCUAUUACCCCCAAUAGUAGAGCAGUUACCCCCAGAUAGCAACUCUACUACAUCUACACUCAUUCCUGUAUACUAGCACUCCUUCUUUUGCACUUACACAUUAACACCCCUGCACGCACACUCUGUAUUUAACGUAUGGCUUUUCUGUGCAGAGCUUAGAGUAUUGGCCCACUUCCUGUCUGAUGGGUGGAGUUUUAAAGCAAGGGUUCACAGAGCAGGUGUGCACGGGGAAGAUUUGAUCUUUCACACACACACACACACACACACUAGCCCAAAGUGAAGCUGCUGGCUGUCUGCCUGGCACUGCUUAUAUCUUAUUUUUGUAAUGAAUACUGACAUAUAAUCUAAUGCAGGAGCUGUAAUUGAUUUCUUACCUUGAUGAUGAUCAUUUAAUUGCUGGGAGAAAACUGUCUUAUAGUAACCCCUGUUGUAUGGUUAUACCUCCUUAUGUUCAGUCUACAAUCAUCUCCUAGGAAAACGAAUAGUUAAACAGACGGAUGUGUCACUAAAAACAUUCAUAUUUGUGUUUCUUUUGUUUUCAUGUGAUUAAAACCUGGCUGAUAUUAAA